AUUCUUUUGCAUAAAACAGUGACAAUGAAAAACUCCCAGGAACAUGCGCUCAAAAGACCUGUUAGUAUGCCGAGCAGUAGAAAAAGUAUGGAUCUCAUCGAGGAUACAUCAAAGCAUUUUGGACCUAAUAAGUUGACCAUUGACGCACACGCGCAAAGGCAGCGCUGGGAUGCAUUUUUUGAACCACAUUAUACAUUUAUGGCCUUCAUUCACGAGUUGAGUCUAAAAGACGAUGAUGAUCUCAUACGAGGACACCAAAAGAACGUCGAUCGGCUUGUGGACACGGAUAGCUUUGGCCAAACUUCUCCGCAGGGGCAAAGCUGUGACUUUGCUUUGUCAAAUCCAAAUUCCUUGAUGGCAUCACCCAAGAUAGAGAAACAAGGUAUCUCGUGGACCAAGCAGGACCAGAAUGUGUUGAUCCAGCGUUUAGAAAUCCUCAAACGGAUUCGUGCAGCAAAGACUACAGAGAAGCAAGACGGUCAAAGUAACCUUGUAGGUCGCUGGAGACAGCAACUGACACGAAAGGCGUACAAGCUACGUCAGGAAGUUCAAGCGAUCACUGAAGACAGCGAGUCAAAGGCGUCUACGCCCACAGUCGAGGAAGAUACACAUGACGGUGAGGUAGAGAAGUCAGAGAUAAAAGAAGAAGAACCGAAAAAGAAAAUUAUAAACUGUCGAAGGUCCUUUCUUUUCUUUCUCUUGGGAUUUCUAUUUCCUCCGCUAUGGUUAAUAGGAAGUAUCUACAUUGCAUCCUAUGAUAAAAAGCAGACAUCCGCGAAUAGACGCAUUGAUAAAAAAUGGAGACAUAGAUCAAGAGUCAUCCUAGGUGCUUUCCUUAUCCUUCUCUUGGUCGCAUCGGUUACUGUUUUUGUUAUAAAUCCUGCUUCGGUUGGAUGGAGACAUGGAUGAUUUAGAAUGCUUGUAUAAUUGCUUUAUUGUUAAAUGAAAAAGAAAAUGCGAU